AUGGUGCAGUGCGACUAUUAUCGACCAGCGCGAAAUCAGGGUGGCGCAGGGCCUGCAGCGCCUUCAAACAGAGAGCUUCUCCCGGGGAUUGGAGACGCAGUAGACGUGCGAGGUGGAGAAUGGCGCCAAAUGACCACCCAGAUCCAGGCGGUGAUGGAGAAGGUCGAUCUUCUGAAUGAGAAGAUCAAUGCGAUUUCUUCUCCCAGUUCGACGCACGCGGUCCAGCACAUGGUAGAGAGCGAUCCAGGGAUCUUGACGCCUAGAGGCGUGGAUGCCCGGCCUGUAAAUACGGCGCAAUCAGCUGAACCGGAUGAAAGAGAGACCUCGAUGCCGCUCCUCGACGCCGCGGGCGACUCUGCCACAAUCUACCCAGAGUAUCACGGACCGACCAGCUCCGAGUUCACCUUCGAGGUGGCGGAUGAGAGCCUGACCAAGCUGGGUGUGGGAUGCGCAUUCAGCAACUCACAUCGCCUCACCAAGGCUCCGUCGUCGCCACACCCCCCUUAUAGCGUCCCAGGCGAGAAGAUGCUCUUCCCACGACUAUUGGGGCGGGAUCCUCUGUGGACGAUGGAGCGGUCGGACGCGCUGAAAUACUUCGACACCUACCACCGCACGAUAGGGGCCAUGUAUCCGGUGACCAGCAGGCUGCGCCUCGCAUCAAAAGCACAAGUCUUGCUGGACAGCUUAGACGUGGCGCGCGGACGCCUGCAUCUGAGUGGCUCCUCUGGUCGUCUCAUCGAGCUCAUGCUCAGCGUCGACACUCAGAUCCUGAAGAUCCAGCUAGCGAUCGGCAUGAUGACCGAACUGGGCGCCGGUGGGACACACCGAGCGACAGAGCUGAUGCAAACCGUGCUCGACGCGUCGGAUGACUCGUUGAUGAAUGUGGAAGGGCUGGGCGGCGUCCAAAUUUUGGUCUUGACGGCACUCUUCUACUACAACCUCGACGACGAACUUCGCGCCAGCAGGUAUUCCUGCCUCGCAUCGCGACGCUGUCUCGAGAUGGGCCUUCAUCGCCGCGAGACCCUACUGAAGCACUUCCCCGGGGAAGACGCGCGCAAGGAGGUUCUGAGGAUCUUUUGGUCGGUCUACACGCUCGACCGUCGAACCAGCCUCGGCCUGGGUGUGCCCUUUGUCAUUCAGGACAGCCUCGUCGAUUCAGCCUUGGUGUCCAUCGACUUCGAGCAUGACUACCUGCGCGCCAUGAUCCCGUUCGCGAAGCUCUCGGCCAAGGCGUGGCACAUGAACAACGAAUUCCCGGGUAAAGAGCCGCACGUGGUGCACGAAGACAUUGACUAUCUCGACUACCAGGUCCGACAGUGGCAGAAGCAGAUCCCGGCGUCCAUCCGGUACGUGCACGGCCAGUCGGCCAUCCCAGACGCGGGGGCAAGCAGCGACGCGGACGAGUUGCAGCGCUUCUACCUGGGCGUCGCGCUCUGCGUCCGCUCCAACCAGCUGCGCAACGUCAUCUACCGCCCGCUCCUGCAGUCGGCCUCGCGCAUCGACAGCGACCUGGAGCACACGCGGACCGCACUCAAGAUCGCAAAGGACUCGCUCCAGACACUAUCCGACCUGGACGCCACCACCAGCCUGUUGUACACGCACGCCACCUUCUUCAAGCACUUCAUCGUCUCGAGCCUGGGCAAUCUGCUGCUGAUCGUCGUGCAUGCCCCGGCCGCUGAGUACUGGGCCGAAAUCCGCGACACACUCCGCGCGGCCUCGAUGCUGUUGCGGAAGCUGAGCCACAGGUCCGGCCCCGUGUCGCGGGCCUGGGAUCGUCUCAAGGGCCUCGAAGACGUGCAGGCCAAGAUUUUGGCGGCCCGCCGCGCGAAGCCUGGGGCACAGCAGCAGGAGCAGCAGCAACAACAACAACAACUAGCACCACAGCAACAACCAAAUCAGCAAGGACAGCAAGGACAGCAAGAACCGAACCAGAAAGACGUGAGUUGUCUUGCUAGCAUGAGACUGACUCCGGCAGAAGGAAUCUGUGGUCUGAGCGAUAGCUGGAAUGUUGGGGUUGGCGGCUCCGGGAGCGGAACAGAGGACUACAUGCUCUUCGACUCGCAGAUCCGCGACGAGUUUGCCGGAGUGUUUGAUCCCGCCCUUCGGCUGGACGACCUGUACGACUUUCCCUUUCUCGAAGACGGCCGGUAG